AUGUCUCCGGAUGAAGCUGUUCAGUUCCUGCAAGAGCUGUUCCCGGACCGGACUGCGAGCGUACUCGCGCAGGUGCUCCGUAACGCAAACGGAGACGUCGACACUGCGUGCGCCAUGCUAGUGGAGCGCGAGCAGGCGACCGCUGGCAAGGCUGAACAGGGCCGACAAUGGAAUUUGGCAUCUCUAAUGGAGAUGUUCCCUAAAAUCUCAUCUGCUGACAUUGAACAAACGUACGACGCUUGCGAUGGGGACACCGACCUUGCGGCGAUGAGCCUGUUGAACUUCCAGGGACUGUCAGGCGAAGAUGCCAGAAUGCAGGCAGAAUACGAGCGAAUCGUUCGGCAGCAGCCAGACGUAGCCGGGAGACCGGACUCGUGGCAGGACCUGCGCCGGAAGGUAGCGGACAUUGUCAAAUACACCGGCGUGAAGGAGGGCCAGGCCAAGGCAGCCUUCUUCAAGAACUCGUGCAACGCCCCCGCUGCCGUUGCAGACAUCAUUUCCUCCGGCGUGGCGCGCAGCGAGAGCACCGAGCAGCAGUCGCCUGUGCCCGCAGCAGUCGCUGUUCCUGGCGGAAGAGUGCAGGCGCGAGCCGGCCUCGCACACACCGUCACCUACUCGAGUCGGCCACGCCCACCCGCGGAAGCCCACGCCGCGAGUGACGGCCUCGCGAUGCAGCGCGCGCGGUACGUGUAUUCCCCCGGAAGUCCCGAGGCCAUCGAACUCGCCGAGCUUGUCAGGGCCAACAUCCAGCUUGCGAGCCUCAGCCGCGAGCUGCUGCAGUCCGCCCUCGAGUACUAUGCCGGGGACGUCACCAGAACUAUAGAGACCGCAGCCUUUAUAAUAGGCGCCCGGCCGGCCCUGCGCGAGCCCAAACGGCGCCCGGCCACCACCCGGAAGGUCUCGCAGCCCCGCAGGCCGAAGCGCCCCGCGCCCCCAGAGCUUCGCAACUCUCUCUUCUCGAGUACGGAGGCGUACAACCGGGCACUGGAACUGGCGCGCGCUGUCCACAGCUCCUGGCGCAUCGACCUGCACGGCUUCCUUGUGGACGACGCCGAAGCGCUGUCCGAGUACGUGCUAGCGAGCUGGUGGCAACGCGAACGCGAGCUGCGCGAGCUGCACUGCCAAAGAAUGUCCCAAAGCCUCGCACUGAAUAUGCCGCCGCUGACCGUUGUCACUGGCAGGGGCCUACAUAGCGUUGGCGGCGUUUCUCGUGUGCGCGUGCGCAUUCAAAGGUUACUUGAUAAGCAGCACUAUGUAUAUGACGAAGAGCCAUCCUAUUUCAUUGUAAAGGGUAGGAGGCCAAAGUAA